CCCUCCUACGUCACCCGUACCUACUCACCAACGCUGCUCCCCGGAACAUCCUUCACCUCACGCCCGCCCCCCGCAACAACAUCUCCCAUGUCCGGAAAUCCAAUACCAAACCUACUUUCCCUUCGCGGAGCGAGAGGUGGCCGGGUCGGUCGCGGGCGCGGAAGAGGUCCCGGCGGUGGCCCAUCGUCCUCGGGCCCGACUCAUGAUCAGACGAUUCAGGGAACCGACGAUGACGCUGCUGGCUCACGUUGGAGUGCCGUCAAUGUGGGAUAUCUCGCCGACCCCUACGCACACUUCUUCGUCGAUAACAUCAAUGGCCCUCCUCCGAGGAGACUCCCAAUCAUUAACCGAGGCACUUAUACGAGGACCGUUGCUCUCGACAACCUCAUUGACAGCUUCUUGAACGAGGCUGACAAUGCGCAACCUGGUUCAAAUGAGAGACAAAUCAUCUCAUUAGGCGCCGGCACCGACACACGCCCGUUUCGUCUCUUUCCCCGGGCAAAAAGGCCUCAGCUGGUCUACCAUGAGAUAGACUUCUCAAUCACAGUUCGCAAGAAAGCACGUAUAGUACAGGCAGCCCCUCCAUUGCGAAACAUCCUUGGAGUCCCCUCGGUUGAGGAAGACGGGUCAUGGAGCUGUCAACCAUCCUCGUCAGACAAGUACUAUUGUCAUGCACGGGAUCUCCGAGAAAUGGUGCAGGACGGCGCAACACCUCUUACGGGCAUCAGAACAGAUAUCCCUACUCUACUAAUCUCAGAAUGUUGUCUCUGCUACCUAGAGACAUCUACAACGAAGAAAGUCGUAUCUCUGUUCGAGAAGAAGAUUCCUAAUCUUGCCAUUGUGGUUUACGAACCAAUCAGGCCCGACGACCCUUUCGGCAAGAUGAUGACUUCCAACCUUGCGGCAAGGAGAAUACGCAUGCCUACUCUGGAGAAUUACAAGCUACCGCAGGACCAGACGCAGCGUCUCCGCGAGGCAGGCUUCGAGCACGCCAAAGCGCUGACCGUGGAACGGAUUUGGGAAAGCUGGGUGCCAAGUGAGGAAAAGGAGAGAGUGGAUCGUUUAGAGGGCCUCGACGAGGUGGAGGAGUGGAAGCUGUUGGCUGACCACUACGUUAUCGCAUGGGGAUGGAGAGGCGCCGGAUUUACGAUGGGCAAUGCCGACGGGGAGUUACCGGUGAACCAACGCUGAAGUGUUAGUUACCCCCUUCUGACAGACGAAUGUUUCCCCCCAUUCGCCACCAACUCAAUUGAGGCUCUGCUUGGCUUCGCGGACUUUGGGUCAAAUGGCUCUUUCUUGAAGCCGCCAUGGGCAUGGGCAUGUUACGUGUGUGGCCGUUGGAAAACUUCCCAAGGUUUGUCUAUUUCUGAGGUAAUCACUUCCAUUAUUAUUAUUAUUAUUAGUACUCGAGCAGCCAAGCUGCAGUUGGCCGUUGGAAGAGCAGAACUCGCCUACUUUGACCCAACUGU